CAGCGCCGCGAUCGGCAUCCUUCUGUUCUUACCGGCCGCCGUACAGGGAGGCGGAAGUGGCGCUCCGGGAAGAUGGGGGCGGCCGUGUUCUUUGGCUGCACCUUUGUUGCCUUCGGGCCGGCGCUGUCCCUGUUUAUCCUCACCAUCGCCGGGGACCCGCUGCGGGUCAUCAUCCUAGUGGCCGGCUCCUUCUUCUGGUUGGUGUCCGUCCUCCUGUCGUCUCUGAUUUGGUUCGUGUCUGUCCAGGUCAGUAAUAAGAAUGACUCCAGUCUUCAGUACGGACUGUUAAUAUUCGGAGCGGCCAUCUCCGUCCUGCUACAGGAGGCCUUCAGAUACGCCUACUACAGGCUGCUCAAGAAAGCGGACGAGGGCCUGGCGACCAUAAGUGAAGAUGGAAGAUCGCCUAUCUCUAUCCAGCAGAUGGCUUAUGUGUCUGGCUUCUCGUUUGGCAUCAUCAGUGGGGUGUUUUCAGUCAUCAAUAUUCUGGCGGACGCCGUGGGCCCUGGAAUCGUUGGAGUUCACGGGGAUUCCCAGUAUUACUUUCUAACUUCAGCAUUCCUUACCAUGGCGAUUGUGUUCCUGCACACGUUUUGGGGCAUUGUGUUCUUCGCGGCAUGCGAGAAACGGAAACCUCUGCACAUCGCUGGGGUGGUUCUCAGCCAUCUGAUUACCUCCGGCUUGACAUUCCUGAACCCGUGGUAUGAGGCCAGCCUGAUCCCAAUAUAUAUCAUCACUCUAGGCAUGGGUGUGUGGGCCUUUGUGGCUGCUGGAGGCAACCACCGCAACAUACGCAAAUGUCUUGCUUGCAAACGGCAAGAGAGUAACCAGGUUAUGGUAUAUUCUGCUCUUCAGGUGCCCAAUGAGGACUGAGACCCAGCUCAGCUGCCGUGCAGCCACGAACAGACAUUGAGUCACCGUUCAAGUGCUCCUCUCUCCCAGAAGCCGGCUCCCUUUUCUAUACCUCCAUCCGUCAUUCUCCCCCCUGAGACGAUAAGGACCUUUUUUGUUUUCCGCCUUGUUUUUUUGUUUACCUCCUGUUUCUCCGUCCUACGUGCCGGCCUCUGGGCCUACUCAGGCUGUGGAGCAAUCUGGCAUUGCUCAUAUAUUCAAACCAGUACAAUAGCAUGACUUUCAAAACCCCCCCUUCCAUGCUGUUCUCCUACUGGGACCCUCAAGACGUCUACGGCUUUUCUCCUGUGUGUUGUUUGUUUUCUCAUCCACCACAAAGGAGACUUUUACUUUUGGUGAGGCCAAGAAGUGUCUCCCUGGAGAACGGUUGAUCUUAGAACACUUACGUAUUGAUGAUAACGGUCCUCAGAAUGUUUGUCCAUUUCUCCUGUCAAGGGACAGUCGGGGCAGGCUGCUCCUCAGGGAAUGAAAAUCACAGCCGUUUUAAACAAAUGUUUCUGGACAUUCCGUGAUUAACACUAAGAUGCGGCAUGUCCUUGUACUACGGAGUGAGGGGGUGUGGGGGUGAAAGGGGGGGGAGGGUGUCUAUGUAGGUCUGCACUAACCUAUUAACAGUACUUUCUGGCACCUCUGAAGUGUUAGAGGGUGGUCUGUACAACUGUCCGUGCUGAAGGGCUUUUAUCAAAGGCUGGUUUGGGGGAGUACCCUUAGACAGCUGCUAUAAGGGUAUAACCUGGUUUGCAUUGCUUUAUCUUCAAAAUAACCUGCACCUCGGUAAAAUUAGCUGUGAACACUGGGGUUUUCCUAAAACCACUAUCGGGGUGUUUAGAGCGAAAUAAAUGGAUGAACAAUUGGAGAUAUGAUUCCAGUUCACGCAUUAAAUUACUAAUUUUUAUAAUUUGUAUAUUUUCAUUUUCGCUAAGUAUUUCUGGAGUAUUUAUUUUAAUAUAAUACACAAGUGAUGAUGACAGAAGUAAAUAAUGGUUGUUUAAACCGCGGUUUCUGAUACCAUUGCUUCAGUGUUCAUUACUAAAACGUGUGUUAUAAGGAAGAAGUCUAACACCCAAACCCCCCCCCCAAUCUUUACUGUAUGUAACACACAAUGGAAGUGACCUCAGAUUACUGUGUCCAGGGCAAGGGUGGAUCGCAGGUACACAAGGGAAAUUCCCAGUGGCCUCCACUCCCUCCCCUAGGGGUGGAUCAGGAUCAUAGAUGAAUUUAGCUGCUUGAUUUGUUUCUGUUGAAUCUACACAAAGAUUAGCCCCUGACCCACCUUCAUAAAGGGGCUCUGCUUUUUGCAUGUCCUCUGUAAUGGUUGGCCAAUUCCCUCUGUGUUAACUGGACCCACCCCCUGUGGUGGCUGACCCCACACCACUUCAUUACCUGGUCGGCCUUUCGUGUACCGGUCCGAUACUGGCCUGUAUAAAUGCAUUCCACCUAGAGUCUUGUGAGUUUAGGUGGUCUUAGAACGCAUCAGUGACUUCUAAUAUCCAUAUAGUUUACAGUAGGGACUGAAUUAUAUAUGCAAGUUGUCCUAUAAAACGAAGUAAGGGUGGGAUAGGAAACGGAAAGCAAUGCAGCAAGGGCCAUUCUAUUAAUUUUAUCAGUAUCAUUUAGGUUUUCCAAUACCCUGUACUAUAAGACUUGUGGGUCAAUCCAAUUGGCUGCGAUAUUAUCGCAGCUGCAAAUCAGCCGCGAAGGGUGCGUGAUCGGGCGUCAUUGUCGGCGUUUAAAUGCCGUUGCAACGGCAUUUCGCACACUGCGAAGGUCAUUGGAUUGACCCCUUGCUGUUUUUGUUUUUUUUUGGGAGGGGGGGGGUCAAAGGAACUGGAAUGGUAUCUCUCUUUACUGGUGCGUUUCACAUGUUGCGCGCGUGACUGGAAAGGAUCAGAGAUGCCUAGUCUGUUUCUCUUCUGUGCAGCCGCUACCUUACUAUGCAUUGCAGGGUCCGGGGCCAUGUUCCGUGAGCAGACAUUCAACAGGUACAAAUCACUGCUGUUUUUACAGGCCUGCAAUACAUUUCUCCAAUAAAGACAAUUUUCUUGGUUA